GAGUUGUAGAAAAAUCACAGACGAAGAAUUACACAACCGAACGAGAGAGAGCAACAAUUUUUUUUGUCUUUCAUGGCGCUUUCUGUUUCUUCUCAUUCUUCAAUUUCUGCUUCUAAUUUUCAGCAUUUUCCCGCUUCCUCUGAGGCUAAAGUUCCACGAAUUGGUUCUGUUCAGCUGGUGAAUCGGCCGCAUGUUUUAUCUUCUGGAGUCAAUUAUUCACAAAGAGGAUGCUCGAUGAAGCCUAUGAAUGCGCAAUCCAAUCGGAAUGUUUCGCUUGUCUCUCUUGCGGUUGCGGCGAAUACCCUUACUGCUGAGGUAGCAGAGAGAGCGGAGAUUGUAAACUAUGAUGGAUUAGCUAAACACCUUGAAAAUGCUUCCCCUCUGGAAAUAAUGGACCAAGCCCUCGAGAAAUUUGGCGACGACAUUGCGAUUGCAUUCAGUGGGGCGGAAGAUGUUGCUUUGAUUGAAUAUGCUCGUUUGACUGGUCGACCAUUUAGAGUGUUUAGCUUAGACACAGGGAGGUUGAAUUCAGAGACAUACCAAUUCUUUGAUGCAGUGGAGAAACAUUAUGGUAUCCAUAUAGAGUACAUGUUCCCUGAUGCUGUUGAAGUUCAGGGUUUAGUUCGGAACAAAGGGCUAUUUUCAUUCUACGAGGACGGCCACCAGGAAUGCUGCAGAGUAAGGAAAGUGAGGCCUUUGAGGAGGGCUUUGAAGGGACUCCGAGCAUGGAUCACCGGACAAAGAAAAGACCAAUCUCCUGGAACUAGGUCUGAAAUUCCUGUUGUCCAAGUUGAUCCUGUUUUUGAAGGAUUGGAUGGUGGCAUUGGGAGCUUGAUUAAGUGGAACCCAGUUGCCAACGUCGACGGUAAAGACGUGUGGAACUUCCUGCGGACCAUGAAUGUGCCUGUGAACUCUUUGCAUUCUCAAGGAUAUGUCUCAAUCGGGUGCGAGCCGUGCACAAGGCCUGUCCUUCCAGGGCAGCAUGAAAGAGAAGGCAGAUGGUGGUGGGAGGAUUCUAAGGCCAAAGAAUGUGGUCUUCACAAAGGGAACCUUAAACAGGGAGAUGUUCCCCAGCUGAAUGGCAAUGAAAAUGGAACUCCCCCAGUUAAUGACAUCUUUAUCUCCCAAAAUUUGGUGAACCUGAACAGAACAGGAAUAGAGAACUUGGCAAGGCUGGAUAACAGGAAAGAACCUUGGCUUGUGGUUCUUUAUGCACCUUGGUGCCAAUUCUGCCAGGGUAUGGAAGGGUCAUACGUUGAACUGGCUGAGAAGUUGGGUGGGAGUGGAGUGAAAGUUGGGAAGUUCAGAGCCGAUGGUGAGCAGAAGCAAUUCGCCAAACAAGAGCUGCAGCUAGGAUCCUUCCCAACAAUACUUCUCUUCCCCAAACACUCAUCUAAGGCAAUCAAGUAUCCAUCUGAGAAGAGGGAUGUUGAUUCGUUGAUGGCUUUUGUGAAUGCCCUACGAUGAUAACAUAAUUACAUAUAUAAAACAAAAUUUAAGUCCUGAAUUACUAAUCAUAGUCUGAUACGCACCAUCAAGGAAAGCCAGAAUUCCCCCAUAGGCUCCAAUCUUUUUGUAUUGGUUUGGCGGAAGAUGGGAGGAUUAAAAUCAAAGCAAGCUUGGUGUGUUUUGGAGCUGAAAACAAGCAUUCGGUCGUGAAACUAUUAUUGGAUUAUGUUUUUAGUGAUUUUGUGGCAUGUACUUGUACAAACCGGUUUUUCCCGUAGGUUAAUUUACUUUUUGUCAGAGGUUUGGCUUGUACUAAUUAAGGUUUGUGCUGAGUUGAGAAGGAUGAGUUGGUGAAGCAGAAGGCCAGAAAGGCACCUGUUUCCCAAAAAGAAAGGCACCUUUCUCCAUUUUCUCUCUUUCAUUUUCUUGAGAAAGGGAAAUGUACUAAUUUCAAAAAUAAAAUAAAAUAAAAAGUGGGCUUUCCCUAACACUUUCGAGUUUUGAUAAAA